GUCCGGUUACAAACUUCGGACCAAUCAGGACGCCGCUUCGCUUUGCUGCAGCAGGAGCAACAGAAGUUCAACCUGGACCGCUCCGCGAAGAAAACUAUCUGCUCCCAAUUCAAACUGACAAUGCCUGUCCACUUCCGCUGACAUAUCUGGCAGCCAACUGAUUGUCAUUGAAGGAAACAUUUCCGAGACAUGACAAUGUUGGGUAUGUACGUGCCAGACAGAUUUUCUUUGAAAUCGUCAAAGGUCCAGGAUGGAAUCGGGCUUUACACGGCGAGGCGAGUGAAAAAGGGAGAAAAGUUUGGCCCCUUUGCAGGUGAGAAAAAGCUGCCUAGCGAGCUGGAUGAAAGCUCGGACACCAGGCUGAUGUGGGAGGUCCGUGGCAGUAAAGGAGAUGUGCUGUAUAUUCUGGAUGCGAGUAACCCACGCUAUGCCAACUGGCUACGGUUUGUCCAUCAGGCGCCUUCACAAGAGCAGAAGAACUUGGCUGCCAUACAGGAUGGAGAAAACAUCUUUUACCUGGCUGUGGAUGACAUCGAGACAGACACAGAGCUCCUAAUAGGCUACCUGGACAGUGAUAUGGAGGAAGAGGAGGAGGAAGAAGAGGAGGAGAUCAUCAAAGAUGAGGACGAAAACAGUAAAGACGCCAAGCAUCUUGUUGAGAUGGAGCUAGUAAUAAAGAAGGAGGACCACCCCUGCUUGCUUUGUGAGAGCAGUUUUCCCAGUGAGGAGAUCCUGGCCGCCCACCUCCAGAGUCUGCACCAGAGGCCCAGCACAGAGGAGAAGGAGUUCAAAUGCAGAAACUGUGGCAAGAAGUUCCCCAUCAAACAGGCUCUGCAGCGCCAUGUUUUGCAUUGUUCUGAGUCACUGGAUCCAUCAGGCGACUCUAAAGCUCACCAAUGCUCCUUGUGCCACAACACAUUCAGCUCAGAAUCCAGUUUUGAACAGCAUAAGGAAGCCUGUAAAGGAGAUGCCAGAUUCAUCUGUAAAGCAGAGAGCUGUGGUAAAAGAUUCAAGAGCAAGGACGCGCUGAAGAAGCAUAAAGGAAAUGUUCACACAGGCAGUGCACGACGGAAACUCACAUGCACCAUAUGCAACAGAAAAUGCUCCUCCUCUCUGAAUCUACAAGAACAUAGAAAGGUACAUGAAAUAUUUGACUGCCACGCAUGCGAUAAGAAGUUCAUUUCUACAAAUCAGCUGAAACGUCAUAUGAUCACGCACUCAGAGAAGCGUCCAUAUACCUGUGAGAUCUGCAGUCGUUCGUUCAAGCGCCUGGAUCAGGUGACGGCUCAUAAGAUCAUCCACAGCGAGGAUAAACCAUACAAAUGUAAGCUGUGUGGGAAGGAGUUUGCUCACCGCAACGUCUACAAGAAUCAUAAGAAGACCCACUCUGAGGAAAGGCCCUUCCAGUGUGAGGAAUGCAAAGCGCUGUUCCGCACCCCCUUCUCUCUCCAGCGUCAUCUUCUCAUCCACAAUAGUGAGAGGACAUUCAAGUGUGACCAGUGCGACGCCACCUUCAAGAGGAAGGACACGCUCAACGUCCACAUCCAGGUGGUGCAUGACGGCCAUAAGAAGUACAAGUGCGACCUGUGUGAGAAGGCCUUUGUCACUCCGUCAGUCCUCAAGAGCCACAAGAAGACACACACAGGGGAGAAGGAGAAGAUCUGCCCAUACUGCGGACAAAAGUUUGCCAGCAACGGCACGCUAAGGGUCCACAUCCGCAGCCAUACAGGUGAGCGUCCGUACCAGUGCCCUUACUGUGACAAAGCAUUCAGCAAGAAUGAUGGCCUGAAGAUGCACAUCCGCACACACACUCGUGAGAAACCGUAUAAAUGCAGCGAGUGUAACAAAGCCUUCAGCCAGAAAAGAGGGCUGGAUGAGCACAUGAGGACCCACACUGGAGAGAAACCUUUCCAAUGUGAUGUGUGUGACCUGUCAUUCAGCUUGAAGAAGAUGCUCAGCAGACAUAAGCUGACACACAACCCCAACCGGCCCAUGGCAGAGUGCCAGCUGUGCCAUAAGAAGUUCACCAGGAACGACUACCUCAAAGUACACAUGGAGAAUGUCCACGGGGAAACAGAGAGCUAGAGGCAAUUAUGGAAGCACUGACUGAAAGUAUCUGAUAUCUGAUUCCUCAGAUAAAGUUCAGUCUCAUGCUUCAUGCAGCCAGUAUGGCCUUUACAUACUGUAUACACAGAUGGCUAGAUAGCAGUAAUGUUGUUAUUAAAGAUACAUACAUGCAGAUUAUGGAAAACAUCAGGGAGAGUAUUUUGAAAUUGAAACAUAGACUGUACAGCGGUAAUUUUUUUUGUCAUGUUGUUUAGAUACUGUUUUGGAAUUUGAACAAACAAAAUUCCAAAUACGUUUGAUCUGCCUCCAGAGCCGCUGUGUUUGCUCACAGGGCAAAUGAAAUGUCUGACAUUUCACUUCCAGCCUUUCUGACUUCUAACUAGUGUUAUUGUUCAUACUGUUACAACCUGACCUCUUUUAACUGUAAUAUUUACUGAAAACCUUACUGUAAAACUGUGGCCCGUUGCCAAGUAAAAAAAAAAAAAACAAACAAAAAAACCUGCAUCCAAAGAUCUUUUAGCGCACUUUUUCAGUUUUACCUGUACACUUUCUACAUGCUUACAGUUCUUACAUUUUACAGCUGUUGUUUUGUGUUCAAACAUGUUUACUGUUUAGAUUCUGUGACAUACUUUGAAAACAUGUUGUUCAAUUUAAGAUUUCAAAUAUCACCUGUUUGAAGUGUUUAGAAAGGAUAGUUAAACAGGAGAUGGAGAGGUGGACCUCUGAAAACAGUAAUCUGAAAUCUAAAGAUAAAGAAAGAUUUUUAUUUACAUAAUAGCUAGAAAGUAUAAGCAUACCGUCCUCAAUCGUUCAUGCUCCUUUUCCCUUAAAAAGUUAUGGAUGCAUGAUGUCUGUCGCACCAUGGAAUAGCUGAACUAAACGAUGUCACACAAGAAAGGAGUUCCCUAGAAAGACAUUUCAAAAGACCCCCAUUUCAGAUUUUCUGUGCAAUUUGAAGGUUUUGUCUAUAAGACCUGUUUUCUGUUUUUAGGUAUGAUUUAGUGGAUAAGUGUUGGACCUAUAUCAGUAUCUCAAGAUUAUUGGGUUAAACUAUUCCUUCCUUUCCCGUGACCGGUUGUGUGAAGACCAGUGGUGCUUAAUGCUUGUUACUGUUCCUAUGUCCCAGAUUAGGGACAAAAAAGAAAAUCCAAAGUACUGUUUGUUGAUUUUUGUGUUGAAUUGAUGAGUGUUUUCAUAUGAAUGGCCCAGGGUUAUUGGGCCUAACAGUGUGUGUUUACAUUUUUCUUUAUUCGUGAUAGUUCAAUACAGUAUAUUUCAUGUAUUUCAGUAGAAGUGCAAUUCUUUCCUGUUUUCAAUCCAAAUUAAUUUGCUUCCUCAUUUACUGCCGCCUUGAUUAAUGCCCAGUUUUCCAGAUGUUUAUUCUGCAUCUGCAGACUGUGAAUUGUCACUUCACACUUUUGUAUUUUGAAAUGUAUAAAACCUCAUCACCUACCAAACAUCCAUUUCCUCCACUCGUUCUAAUUAUGUGUUUGUGAACUGUUGACGUUGGAGGAGGGGGGGUACAAGG